AGGAGCAAAUCAAAACAAAACUGCGUUUAAUAACUUGAAAGCAGCAAGUAUUUCGUGCAUUAUUGAUUCCAUUGAAGAUUGAACCCAUAAACGGGGUAAACCUGGGGUAAACCUGGGGUAAACCUGGGUCUCGCAUUGAGCUGCGGUUGAGUUUCUGCCGUGACUAUGGCCAUACCUGGCACUGAACAAAUUCAAGAGGGUGCGAAAAAGCCUUGAAUUACGUGUUUUCCUGGGUUACCACCGAGUCGGACCAGGGCAAACCUAACCCUAAGGGUCCCGUCGCAAAAGGAAGUUUGGGCAAAACCCAGUGGCCAACACAGACUACUGCAGUCGGCGGACCCAGUUGGAGCACGAUGAUGAUCCCUCCUGCUGCCCGAUUUUUCGUUCAGUUAGCUGGCGUUUCUGGUGCUGCUGCAGUCAUUCUUGGUGCUUACGGAGCACAUGCUUUCAAACCUUCCACACCGGAGGCACGGGAGGUGUUUGAAACCGGGAACCGAUAUCAUUUAAUUCACAGCGUAGCCCUGGGUUUGGCACCGUUCUCUCGUCAUCCGAAAGUGACAGGACUGUUGUUCACACUGGGAAUGCUGGGCUUCUGUGGUUCGUGUUAUGGAUAUUCCUUGGCUCAAAGUCAGACGCUUCGACAAAUGGCACCUUAUGGUGGAAUCUGUUUGAUCCUUGCUUGGCUUAGUUUGAUUUUCUAAUUUUAUGGCUCGAUCGGUGUGUCGGACUAGCAGAGAUCCCUGCAUCAUCACUUUCUGUUUUUUACAAGCAUGAAUACAAGAAACUGGACGGGCUGAACACUGCUAUGUGAAUCGUUCUUUUCCACAGAUGACAAUGUGCUCUACUCUUUCAUUUUGCUUUUAUCGUCACUUGUAAAUUUGAUUAAUAUAAUCAGCUUUUGCGCUACUAAAUGUGAAAAUGCAGAACUUCGAAUGUUACCAUUUAAAGCAGUUUGUUUCAAGUG